AUGACCAUAACUAAAUGUGAAAUAUGUGACAGAGAACCACCUGGUGACCAAACUACAAGUUUAGGAAGAAGAGGUCACAGAAUAAACUUAGCUGACGUUUUAAGUGAUGACUUCAAGCCUCGGUUAUUCAAUGGGACUUGGGUAUCUGAUGACAUUUUGGCAUUUAGAGACCGAGCCGGUCACCUAGUAUUUUAUUCUAUAAGAAUGAAAUCUUCAAAAGUUAUAGUACACAAUUCCAUUUUUAAAGAAAACAGAGUUGUUAAAUAUAGCAUUGCUGCAGACCAAAAAUAUAUUUUACUCAUAUAUGAUGUUAUACAAGUGUACAAAUAUUCUUUUGAUGCAAAAUACAAAAUUUAUGAUAUUGAAAACAGAAAAAUUCACCACUUUUGGCCUUUAAACAAACCAGGAGAAAAACUACAGUUCGUAACGUGGGGGAACAAAGGAAAUCAAAUGGCUUACGUGUACAAAAAUAAUGUUUACUAUUUACCUACGGUGAACGGUACUCAUUAUCUGGUGAGCAGUGAAGGCGUUGAGGGGAUAGUUUUUAAUGGUGUACCAGAUUGGCUAUAUGAAGAAGAAAUUUUAAAGUCAAACAGUGCUCUGUGGUUCUCUCCAGAUGGCAGUUCGCUUUGCUUUGCUACUUUUAAUGACAGCAAAGUUGGCAGUUACUACUAUAAUUGGUACGGCAACCAUAAUGACAGCAAUAAUGUUUUAGCUCAACUGAGAUCCCUGCGAUAUCCCAAGGCUGGACAUGAAAAUCCAACGGCCGUUCUAUGGGUUGUGGAUUUGAGAUCUCCAAGUCGUAUGCUUCAGCGAGACGUUAAACCUCCCAGAGAAGUGCAGGAUCAGCUUGUCCACGUGUGGGACUAUUAUUUCACAUCUGUACAGUGGGUGGACUCUGAAAGUCUAGCUGUUACGUGGAUGGCCCGCUCCCAAAACUAUUCAGUAGUUACGCAAUGCAGAGCGCUACUUUGGUAUUGCUCAGUGGUCUAUGAACACAGGCCACCCUCGAGAAGAGGUUGGGUAGAUUUGUAUGAUCCUGUCACAUUUGGGCAUGCUGGAAAAACGUGGUUUUUGAGGUUACCUUUAUCCGAAGGAAACUACGGGCACUACCGCCAUAUUGCGGCUGCAAACAACAAUUCUCGGCACAUUGACUUUUUAACCAUGGGUAGGUUUGAGGUCACGAAAAUUGUGGCAUAUCAUGAAGGCUCAAACAAUAUUUAUUUUCUUGCUACAAAAGAGAAUCGACCUGGAGAGCAACAUUUAUAUUCAGUUCCAGCAAAGAAAUCAAGUUUUGCACCCUCAAUAAAAUGCUUAACUUGUGAUGAAGAAUUUUUAUGUCUCUUCAAUAAUGUAAUAUUUAGUCCGGGUGCAGAAUAUUUUGUUUUAGAGUGCUUGGGUCCUGGUGUGCCUAAGGUUGAAAUAAAAUCAAUAUAUAAUCAAAGUUUUGGUUUAUUAGAUUCCAAUUCACAUUUAGUUGAGUUAAUGGAAAAAAGGACAAUGCCACAAAUCAGAACAUUUCAGGUUCCUAUCAAAGGUGGCUAUAAAGCUCAAGUCCGACUGUUCCUUCCUCCUGACAUAACGGAGUCUGAAAUGUACCCUUUGGUUGUGUACAGUGAUGGUGCUCCGGGAUCGCAACUGGUAACACAAGAGUUCAGCAUUCACUGGGGUACUUAUUUGUCAGGCAGAAGAAAUCAGCUAUAUGCUUCCAUCGACGGUAGAGGAAGUGCAAACCAAGGUGAUAAAAUGCUGCAUGAGAUUUACUACCAUUUAGGGACAGCAGAAAUAGAAGAUCAAAUCGAAGUAAUUAGGUAUUUAAAGGAUAACCUGCCUUUUGUACAUCCAACCAAUAUAGCUAUAUGGGGACGAGCUUACGGUGGUUAUGUUGCUACAUCAGCACUGGCUGCUGACAACACGGUUUUUAAAUGUGCUGUAGCGAUAUCUCCAAUUACUAGCUGGAUUUAUUACGAUACUACUUACACGGAAAGGUAUAUGGGCAUGCCUUUACCACAAGACAACUGCCGCGGAUAUGAACAAGCCAGUUUAAUGAGAAAAGCUCACAAAUUUAAAGGAAAGAAACUAUUAUUGCUACAUGGGACAGCUGAUGCCACAGUCCAUAUACAACAUUCUACAAUGUUUAUGAAAGCCUUAACAGAGGAAGGAGUUCUGUUCCAAACACAGAUAUACACUGAUGAAAAUCACUCUUUAAAAAAUGUGAAAAGACAUAUGUACAGGACAAUGGAAGAUUUCUUGACAAAAUGUUUUAGCAGUGAAAAAGAAGACUUUGAUGGAACUUGAAAUCAUCAAGGAAAAUUGAAUUUUUUAAAACGAGUUCAAGUUAACGUGUGUUUUUUCCUGACGAAUAUCAAGAACUGAAGUUUUAAGACAAAAUCCUACAAUGUGCCAAAGAUGUGUCUGAGAACUGCGUGAAAUUAACACUCAACUGAACAGUUGGCUACGAAAAUAAUGUGAAUGUAUGAAGCGUAUGCCGCUGAGACGUGAUAAGUGAUGAGUAAACUUACUAUUGUGAUGAUGAAUUUUUAAAAUAUAUAUUUUUCCUUGAAAGUAUAAAUGUCACUUAUAUGUACAUCAAACGUGUUUAUAAAAUAAAAAUAUGAGCUCAACGUUGAGAUAAUUGUUUUAGAAUUAUAUACUCAUUUAUAAGUGGAAUGCGUUACAAAAUCUUUAACAUUCGGUUAAUUGAAGCAAUAAACUAAUAAAUAUUACAAACAUAAAAUAUGUAUACAAACCUUAUUUAUGUAAUUUUAAUUUCAUAUAUUUAUUUUUUGAAAAUCUAUUAAGAUUUAGUAAUAUGCCACAAAAAUUGGUUUUCUAUUCGAAAUAUGAAUUUUAUUCAUAUAGGUUAAAGAAGAAUGAAUUCUUCUUCAAAUAUAUUGGGGAAUUAAAAAACACCGUCCUGCUUUGUACUUAAUUUCAGGUGUUAAUUGUUUAUUUGUUGAUUUUUAAAAUUGCGUUUUAUACAAUAAUUUUUGUUUUUAAAUAUUUUAAUGUUUACUUAUAUAAAAUUUUUAUUUUAUUAAGAUGAGGCGUAAGAAAAAUUUUGAAACUUGUACGAGCAAUAAUAGUGUAAUUAAAGAGCAUGAAGUUAAAGUUAUUAAAGUAUAGUUUGACUGUCUUUAAUUACUAUUUCUUGAAAUUUAUUUUGUAUAUUAUGUAUGCUCAUUUAACUAAAAUCCCAGAAAAGAAGAGAAAUAUUUAGUAUUGUUAAGUUUGUUCACAUGUGA